ACAAACACGUGGUUGAAUGUUUAUAGGUUGGAAAUGGGAACGCCAAAAUUGCCGUUCAUUCCAAAUAUUGAAAAACUUUCAGACAGAGUAAUUAGAGUAUUAGGAUGCAAUCCAAGUCCACUGACGCUUCAAGGAACAAAUACUUAUCUGGUGGGAACGGGAGAAAGGAGAAUUUUAAUUGAUACUGGUGAAUCAGGAAUACCAAAUUACAUUCAGAAUUUGCAGAAGACCUUGCAAGACUUCAAGAUUAGCAUUCAGGAGAUAAUUCUGACCCACUGGCACCAUGAUCAUUGUGGAGGAACUAUUGAAGUCUGUCGGAAUGUGAUCAAGGAUGAAAAAUCCAGAGUUUCCAAAUUUAGAAGACCACCUGAAAAGCCAGAAGUAGAUCUUGGUCCUAUUAAAUGCAAUUUUGUGGAAGAUGGUCAUCUGUACAAAACAGAGGGAGCAACCCUAAGGACUAUUUUCACUCCAGGCCACACAGAUGAUCACAUCUGUUUGUUCUUAGAUGAAGAAAAAGCCUUAUUUUCCGGGGACAAUAUAUAUGCGGAAUCUACAUCGAUUUUUGAAGAUUUGCAUACGUACAUGAUGUCUUUAGAAAAAAUGAAAGAUUUGAAACCAGCAGUGAUAUUUCCUGCCCAUGGAUCAGUUAUCACAAAUCCAGUGGAAAAAUUACAGUUUUACAUCAGUCAUCGUCUAAAGCGGGAGAAGCAAAUCAUGGACUUGUUAAAACAGAAUCCAGACAAGCUAUUCACUCCACUGGAAAUAGUGAAAAAUGUUUAUGACGAAUUGAUCCCAGAGUUAGAGAGAGCAGCCACAGGAAAUGUAUAUCACCAUCUCACCAAGCUUCUCAAGGACAAUAGAGUUGAAUCAGUAACAAGAGACAAUGAAGAAGUGUGGAGGAUAAACCAAUCAAAGAGCAAAUUUUAGAUUUAUCUUUCCAUAUGAUGAAGAACAGCCAGUGGUUAUUUAAUUAAGACACCUGAGUGUCUGUGGGUGUGUUUCAACAAGAGAAACUCACUUGUACAUAGGGGCAUACUAUUCUUGGACACCAAUUUAUGGGCAGACAUAUGUAUCCACUUUAUUUGAUGAUUAAUAAGUAGAAUUAUUUCUGUUAAUAUUUGAUAUUAUUUUGAACUUGAUUAAAAGUUGAAAAAAAACCC